CGCGCAUAUGCGUGAAACGGAACGCAGCCUAGUAGCAAAAUAUCAACUGAUGUCAACCAUCAGGUGUGUCAGUUGCGAAUUAUUUUUCGAAUGACUCAAGUUUUUAUUAUUUAUUGAUGGUAUAUAUGAUAUACAAAUUUUGCUACUGAAUGUGCAACGAAGUAAAAAAAAUAUUGUGACAAUGAAACGUAAAGCAGAAUCAAAUGUGAGUACAUCAGUAAGGAAUGAGCAUUGGUCAGCUGGCUUGCUUAAAACAAUGAAGGAUCCCGAAAGUAAAGUCACAGAAGACGAUAAAAUAGUUGUCAUCACAGAUAAGUAUCCAAAAGCACAAUUUCACUAUUUGAUCUUACCAAAAGAUAACAUUCCCUCUAUAUGGCAUGUCAAAGGAAAACAUCAUGAUUUGUUAAUGCAUAUGCACAAUGUAGCUUGUGGUCUUGCAGAAAAACAAGCAGAACAUGAAUUCAUCAUAGGUUAUCAUGCAAUACCAAGCAUGCAAAGAUUGCACUUACAUGUAAUAAGCACAGAUUUUAAUGGUCCUUGUCUCAAAACCAAGCAUCACUGGAACUCAUUUACAACUGGUUUUUUUUUGCAGUCAUCAGAUAUAUGCCGUCAAUUGCGUGAAGGAGGCGAAAUAAAAAAGAUUUCUUCAGAGAGAUAUAAAGCCUAUUUGAACACGGAACUGAAAUGUCAUAAAUGCUCCAUGUAUCCAAAAAAUAUGCCAGAGUUAAAGAGACAUUUAUUAACGCAUAUUAAAAAAUAAUCAAGAAAAUUGUCAAAUUGUGUAAAUUAUUAUUUCUAAAAAAUAAAUGUUUUUAUCUGUAAAACACAUCGUCGAAUUAAUUACAGAUGGAAUAAAAGGUAGAUAGCAAGGUGAAUUGAGAACACAUGUUUAUGCGAUAUUUCGGAAAAUUUACUAUAAAUAAAUUUGAUAUCCUUAAUAGAUCUUGAUCUAUUAUAGUAUUAAUACAUUUUAACUAUUUACAAAGUCUUCUCGUGGAUUACGCUUGUGUACAGUAAUUUGUCUGUGUUUGUAAACUGUGUGUCAUAUGUGUGUUGUGUAUCGUGUUUUAUAUUUAAUCUGUAUACAUUUAGUAAUACUGCAAUUAAUAGUUGAAGCGUUUCUGCGCGCUGUAUCGAAACAGUAGGCAUCUGAAUAUUAUUCGCAAGGCCUUUGCUGUUAUUGCUUGCGUAUUUUCGCAGAUUCCGUAAACGGUUUUGCGAGAUAUCUGGAUCCCGAGUUUUAAGUAUUUCGUCUCCUCGUCACCUUUCUUCUAGUCUAUUUACGUUUAUCAUUUCGUCCCUUAGUGGACGUAGCGUCUCGCUGUGUCCUACGGAGACACAUUCGCGAAUCGACUAUGAUAUUCUAUCAGAAGGGGAUGACUGUUUUUGACGCACAAUCUAAAGGGCGACAGGAAUCCCGAAAGAGACAGUUUUUGUAACAUUUUUCUUUCACUAAUUAAUCCCUUUUGGAAGAUCUGUGCGCCAUCUCUAAAAUGCGUGCAUGUUCCCAUCUAAAAGUUUGCAACGCCUGCAUAAAACGUAGAACCUGCAAAGUUUGCUGCGAUGGAAACAACGCGCGCGCGAUCUAUUUGCGAGUACUUCGUUUAAAAAAAAAAAAAAAAAAAAGUGUUGAC